CCGAACGCGGAAGGUUGUGCCCUCAGUUAAAGAUACCAGCACAUCACUGGAAAACGAAUCGCUCGAAAGAUCCCCGGGCUGUGCGUCUGCGGCAGGAUAAUAAAGCGUGACGCGUGUGCGUAACAUAAAAAUAACCAUAAAGCAAAUGCUCUCCACUCCGGGCGGAGUAAAUGAAGUGAGGUGAAGUGAAGCAAAAAAAAGGGGAAAAACAAAACCCGAAACCGACGAAGGCAAACGGAAUUCCUUCAAAAAUCGGCAAAUAAACAAGAAAAAAGAAGAGCGCACACCGGUUUUGUGCGAAAGAAGCGAAGGAAGUACGAAGUGAAAUCAAAAGAAUUCUUCAGCUCGAAAUGGGGCUGAACGGAAGACGAUUGUUGAGCUGCGGCCUGGGAUUCUUCUGCCUGAUCUUGUGCUCUUACGCCGCGCCUUUAGCUUUUGAGGAUGUGAGCAUCGCGAAGGGUCCCCAACCCUCGAUAACCAUUAAGGAACAGAGUCCUUUGCAAUUGCCCUGCGACUAUCAACUGCCGGAUGAGUAUCUUCAGAAGGGCAGCGUCAUUUUGCGCUGGCGAAAGGAUAACAAAACGGUUCGUCAAGUGGAGCUAGGCAGGAUGAGCAGCACCACCAGCGAGCCCCAGUUAGAGACCAUGUUGCGCGAGGAUUCGCGAGUGACUUUGAACAAGGACAGUGGUUCCCUGCAAUUUAACAGCGUUUUGGCCAGCGAUGCCGGUCAGUAUCAGUGCCAGUUGGUCAUCGAGGGUUCCGUUGCUGCCAGCUCCAGUAGUGGGGUUCUUUUAGUUAUUGAGCAACUAAAGUUUAUGCCACAGCCCACCUCUAAGAAUCUGGAACUUGGGUCCCUUAGUAAGGUCCAUUGCAAGGCACAGGGAACGCCUCCUCCACAAGUCAAAUGGAUGAGGGAAACCCAGCUGCCCCUGCCCGUAAAUGUGACCGACCAGAAUGGCACUCUGAUCUUUAACCAGGUCAGCAACGAGCAAAGGGGUCAAUACACCUGCAUUGCCUCCAACAGCCAGGGUCAGAUCAGUGCCACAGUGUCCAUCAAUGUGGUGGUGGCUCCAAAAUUCAGUGUUCCUCCCGAGGGACCCAUUGAGGUGGCAGAAGCAGGGACUGCUGUAAUCCAUUGCCAGGCGAUCGGAGAACCAAAGCCCACGAUAAGAUGGGACAAGGAUCUCACCUACUUGAACGAGAAUAACACGGAUGCGGAACGUUUCUUCCUUAUGGACAAUGGAACACUGGAGAUACGGAAUGUCCGGCCGGAGGAUGAAGGUCGUUACGGCUGCACCAUUGGCAGUAGUGCGGGAUUAAAACGAGAAGAUGUCCUCUUGGUGGUGAAGUCCAGCAAAUCGGCUUCCAACUCAAUAGUGACUAGGAUUAUCAUUGUGAUCAUAUGUCUGGCCUUCUUGUACUUCGUUCUGGUACUGGGGCUAAAAGUGUGGUACCGCUACCGUCGUCACAUGGGCAAGGUCCAGUUGGAAGAUGGCCAUCCCAAUGGACCGACCGAUGGCCAAGAGCAUGAUCACCAGGAAAAUGAACCCUGCUUAACAGAGGCCAACUCCAGUAAGAAUCUAAAGAGCAAGCUGAGAGAGAGCACAAUCCUGGAGCAGGAAUCGCAGGUGGCCGAUGAUAUUGUGUGAGGAGUUUUACUCCCAAUUCUGCGGAGUCACUUCUCAGCUACUUUCCAUGAUCUCGGUCACAUGUUACUCCGUUUUGUUGUUGAGAAUCAAAAAAGGAACUUGUGAAAUCCCCCUGGAAAUCUAUUUGUAUUUAUAUUUAUCUAGUUUAUAUAUCUAUAUAUAUUUAUAUAUAUAUGUAUUUAUGUAUGCAUGUGUGUCUGUGUGUAUAUAUCCCAUGUACAGUUAUUUUUUAGUAGAAUAAAUAUUUUAUGGCUCUCAUAGAGCUCAAUUUUA